CGUGAACCGUAUACAACCAUCUGUCUCAGCUUCAUCUCCCUCUUCCCCUUCUUAGAUCGACGCCCCUUCCUCUCCUGAUCAGGAAUGACUCACGACUCAUCUCCUCCACCUCCUCCCUUUGGGGUUUCAGAGUAGUAGCGGCGGAGGAAGGCAAGAUGAAGACGACUAGGGCGUUUGUCAAGUCUCGCUAUUCUGCAUCAGCGUCGAGAUCGGGAGAUAGAGGGAAAGCACGCUGAGGAUAGGGAAAAAAACAUGGCGGAAGAGAAGGAAUCCACCUCCAUUCCGCUAAGCCAGGCAGUGGACCCUGAAGACCCAGCCAAAGCGCCCCCAAUUUCUCCCAGUUCCUCCACUAGGAAGGCCUGUGGUGCUGUUCUUCAGAGUUGGGUGUCAAAGAAAUUUAUGACUGGAUGGAAGGAUGUCUGUAGGCUCCAGGCUGCACACGGUGCUGGCAGUGGACGUCUACAGCGACAAGAUCAAGCACCUAUUCGACGCGACGGAGGGGCAAGAAGCCGCGCGCCGCCCUUGGGGUGGCUGGAUCUAGUUCCACCGCCUCAAUAUCAAGCACGACUCCAGGCUCGAGGGCCUCAUCAAGAUGUCGGAUUUGACGAUUAAUCUAGUGGCAAUCUACACUCUUGCUGAUUAUCACACCCGCCCACUAGACACCAUCUGCAGUAAUUUCAUUGAUGCUCUCCCAGUUUUAGGUAUUGCUCAGAAAACAAUAAGCGCGUCAUUCACUUCUCAACAUGUGAAGUGUAUGGGAAAACGAUAGGAAGCUUCCUACCCAAUGAUCAUCCUCUUAGAAAGAACAAGAAAGAAAGGAAGAAGGUCCGUGAGGUUAGCAUCUUGAAAAAGGAUCCAGAGGCUAUUCGAGAGCAAAUUGAGAAGAUGGAAAGAAUGAUUUACAAAUCUCAAGUACUCCAUAGUUGAAAUCGAUGAAGUGCG